AUGUGUAGCGGCACAUGUUUUCACGUUACUUUAUCGGCUGAAAACUUUCAGGACGCACCCGAUAUCAAGGAGCAGUAUCUCCAUUAUCUCGAUGCUUUGGAGGCUGAUGAUAUUGACGUUACGGAGGAGGGCUUGUACGAUUGGGCGUUGGAGCCUCUUUUACCUCACUUCCAACGGAUCGACUCAAAUCCGACAAACGAACAGACAUUUACCCUUCAUGAUUACUUCAAUCCAAUCACUUUAAAGCAUAAGCUCCACGCUCCUGGUGGGAUACUAGUUGCGAGUCCAAAUGACGAAAAUACUGCGAGCCCGCGUCAUCAAGGGGUGAGCCUGGCUCCGUCCGAUCUCUCUUUCCCAUGGCCAUCAUUUCGUCCAUCAGCCAUAUCAAUAUGCAACAAGGAUCCAAAGGACGCGCUCACCCAAUUUCCUAGAAAGGUGCUUGCGGAUAAGGAGACGAUCUGUUACUUUAAAGCAUUUCAGCCGGGGUGUCAGCGAGAUGCUCUUCAUGAACUCAACGCAUAUACGUAUUGA